AUGCAAUGUUCCUGGAAGGCCGUCCUCCUCCUCGCCUUGGCCUCCAUAGCCAUCCAGUACACAGCCAUCCGCACCUUCACAGCCAAGUCCUUCCACUGCCCAGGGCUGGCGGAGGCCGGGGUGGCGGAGCGGCUGUGUGAGGAGGGCCCCACUUUCGCCUACAACCUCUCCCGGAAGACCCACAUCCUCAUCCCGGCCACCACACGCGGCGGCUCAUCGUUUGUGGGCCAGCUCUUCAACCAGCACCUGGACGUCUACCUGUUCGAGUCCGUCUACCUCGUCCAGAACACGCUCAUCCCCCGCUUCACCCAGGGUAAGAGCCCCGCUGACCGGAGGGUGAUGCUGGGUGCCAGCCGCGACCUCCUGAGGAGCCUUUACGACGGUGACCUCUACUUUCUGGAGAACUACAUCAAGCCACCUCCUGUCAAUCACACCUCAGACAGGGUCUUCCGCCGUGGGGCCAGCAGAGUCCUUUGCUCUCGCCCCGUGUGCGACCCUCCGGGGUCCCCCGACCAGGUCCUGGAGGAGGGGGACUGUGUACGCAAGUGCGGUCUGCGGAACCUGACCGGCGCAGAGGCCUGUCGCGAGCACAGCCACCUGGCCAUCAAGACGGUGCGCGUGCCCGAGGUGAAUGACUUGCGGGCCCUGGUUGAAGACCCCGGGUUAAACCUCAAGGUCAUCCAGCUGAUCCGAGACCCUCGUGGUAUCCUGGCGUCAAGGAGUGAGACCUUCCGUGACACAUACCGGCUCUGGAGGCUCUGGUACGGCACAGGGAGGAAGCCCUACAACCUGGAUGUGACACAGCUGACCACAGUGUGCGAGGACUUCUCCAACUCCGUGUCCACUGGCCUCAUGCGGCCCCCGUGGCUCAAGGGCAAGUACAUGCUGGUGCGCUAUGAGGACCUGGCCAGGAGCCCCAUGAAGAAGACCGAGGAGAUCCACGGGUUUCUGGGCAUCCCCUUGGACAGCCAUGUGGCCCGCUGGAUCCAAAAGAACACACGGGGCGACCCCACCUUGGGCAAGCACAAAUACGGCACCGUGCGCAACUCGGCUGCCACCGCCGAGAAGUGGCGCUUCUGCCUCUCCUAUGAUAUUGUGGCCUUCGCCCAGAACGCCUGCCAGCAGGUGCUGGCCCAGCUGGGAUACCGGAUGGCCGCCUCGGAGGAGGAGCUGAAGAACCCCACCAUCAGCCUGGCGGAGGAGCGGGACUUCCACCCUUUCUUGUGA